CAGUGACGGAACAUCUCGAGCGACUUGGAGCGGAAAAUCCGAGAGGAACGCAGCGCGCGAGUGCCUGAAAAAUAUUUGAAAAAUCUUUAAUAAAUCAAAGUAAAGGAAAUAAGAGUGCUAACGAUGAUGUCGGGCAUUUUAUUGCUUCUGGCCUUGCUGGCCUUCGUUUCGAAUGGCGCAGCCAUCAAGUGCUUCGUCUGCGAUUCGAGCGACAACCCCAGCUGCUCCGAUCUGGGCUCCAAUGCCAGCAUAGUUCCGGAGGAAUGCACAUUGGACAAAAUGAGAUCCCUAGACACUUGGCUUUUUGACUUGAACAAAUUCGCCUAUUUCGAUAACGGCGCCAACAAAAGUCCGCUUAUGAAUUGCCAAAAAGUUGUAGCCAAAGACCCUGACACUAGGAAAGUGGUGACUGCGCGCUUUUGCCAACUGGACACCGGCGACUCCGAUGCCUGUGAGAUCCUGAGGAACAAGCUGAGAAUUCCCAGCACCGAGGAGCGGGAGCAGCGCAAUCGCAACCAGAACAAGAGGCGGAAGAACCAGGGAAACGGUCAGGAUGGAGACGAUGGUGAUGAACCCUCCGCGGAGGAGGCGUUCUUCUGCGAUAUUUGCAAAACGGAUCGCUGCAAUGGAGCGGCGGCCAUAACGCUCACUUUGGGUUCCCUUCUGGCCAUGAUUAUGAUCCAAUUGGGCUUGUAA